CUAAAGCGGCGGCGGGGGCGCGGCCGCGCUCGAGGGGGCGUGUGAGGGGGAGCGGCGGGGAGCGGCCGCCGCCACAGACACAGCCACAGGCACAGCCCGCCGCCGUCCCUCCCGCCGCAUGGAGCUGUCGGCCAUCGGGGAGCAGGUGUUCGCGGUGGAGAGCAUCCGCAAGAAGCGCGUGCGGAAGGGGAAAGUAGAAUACCUGGUGAAGUGGAAAGGAUGGCCCCCAAAAUACAGCACAUGGGAGCCAGAGGAUCAUAUCUUGGACCCUCGCCUGGUAGUGGCUUAUGAAGAAAAGGAGGAGAGAGACCGUGCAUCAGGGUACAGGAAAAGAGGCCCCAAACCAAAGCGCCUCCUACUGCAGCGGCUGUAUGGCAUGGACUUGAGGAGUGCCCAUAAGGGAAAGGAGAAGCUCUGUUUCUCUCUUGCACGGAGAUUUGGAGGAGGAGACAGUAGCCUGCCAGGGGCCAAGACAGGGCAGGCAGAGUUCCCAGAGAAGACUGGGGGAGCAGUCCUGCCAUUCUCUCUCCGGAAGCAACGCAAAAACCAGAAGUACCUGCGACUGUCCAGGAAGAAGUUCCCCCGCAUGGCGAGCCUGGAGAACCGAAACUGCAGGCAUGAGUUUUUCCUGAAUGAUGCAGUCGGCCUAGAGGCCAGGCAGGGCCCUGAGGACUGGGAGGCCAUGCAGCACACCAGCAAAGAAGCAGAUGUGGAUGCCAGUCUCCCUUGGAUCCCCACUGUGCCCCCCAGUGAAGUGACAGUGACAGACAUCACGGCAAACUCCAUUACCGUCACUUUCAGAGAAGCACAAGUGGCUGAGGGCUUCUUUCGAGACCGGAGUGCACAGUUCUGAAUCUCUGUUUGUAGUGCUCCCCAAAACCAGUGCUUUUAGGGUGGGGCUAGGGAAGGGUUAUGUUAUCCCUUAAGAGAAAAAAAAAUAUCCAAAAUGUCUCCUCUUAAAAUGUUUACAGAGACUUUUUUUUUUCUCCUUUUCCCCCUUUCAGAUACGCAAAAAAGGGCAGUGUAGGGGGGGUGUGUUUGUCAUUGUCCAGCCGAAAAACUGACAGCCCUUUCCCUGGCAAAGACUCCCCUCCUUGAUGUGAAAGCAGCAAGCCGAACAAUUCGCCUUUUAUCCUGUCAAGUGGCGGCAGCUGCAUUUGUGGGGAGAGGGCAUGUGGAGGUGGAAAGAGAGCUGGAUCUCUAGCCUGCUGCCUUGUUUUGCAAUUGAUAUCCCUUGGAUAAAGAUACAUCUCUGUGCGUUGCUCUUCCCACCUUCCUCCUCCCUCUCUUCCUGCAGCAGUGAGACGCAAUGGAUCCUACCUGUGUAGAUAACUCCAGCCUGUUAAGACUUUCUCUCCAGUGCUGUUUUCCCUGUGGCCUGCUGUCAGGACUUCAGAAUCCUAUUUGCCUGUCUGUGGUAAGUCAGUCUUUGCAGCACGGGUCCAUAUAGACAGCAGAGGUUUCUCCCUUUGAUUGUUGAUCAUGCGGAAAGACUGAAAUGCAUCUCUGAAAUCUAAAUUGGCAACGCAAAUUCAAUUUGCCCUCAUAAAAAGCUCAGAAACCCAGCACAGUCAAGGCAUACCAUUCUGUAUAUGCUAAACAGGAUUUCCAGGCUCGACUCUGCUGUGUGAGGAAUGCGUUAUGGAAAGUGGGGUCUUCUUACCCUUUGCCAAAUUCAGUAUUAAUAACAAAUGCUGCCCUGAAUCUGUGGUAAUAAGUUGGUUGAAAACUGACUCCUCUCCCCUGGGAGGAGGGGCUAAUAGGACAACUGAAGCAUUGCCUGGCACUGCAAAGAUAUUCAAGAAACUGGCACAGGCCCAGGACACAGGAAUUGGGCAGAACUGAGCUAGAAAUGGACCUUGAUUAGCAGCAAAUUCUGGUUUUGUAUCCCUUAGAGAGAUCCAAGGUAAACAACAUGUGGGGAAGGCAUGCAUUAGAUUUGAAGAGGGGAAAAAAAUUCUUAAUUCUUAGCAAUGAGAAUUCUUGGAUUAUACUGCCUGAGUGAUAUUCUUCCAUGACUCCAGUCUCCUCACAGUAUCUGUGAUCCUACUUUGCUGAUAGGAACUUCCCCUUGGAAGGCUUAAAAAUCUUUGCCAAGGAAAGUGGUCUGCAUUUCAAUAGACCCUGCCUAAUCUUGCACUUAAAAAUGCCUUGUGCUGGACUGCCUGUGACACUUUGAGGUUUUUGAAGAAUUGCUGUAUUUUGAGUUGGUAGUUUAGCAUAGCAUCUGUUCUUGCACAUGCAUGUUCUUUUCCAUUUUUAAAAGCAAAAUUUAUUUAAAUAACUUAAUUUUUUAAAUAUAGACCUUUUCCUAUGGAAGGCAAGAAAAGUAAGCUAGUCUGAAGAGGGAACUGCAGAACAGAGUCUGCAGGGUAACAUUGGCUACUGUCGUGAUUUCUGUACUCAAAUUCUUUGUUUCCUCACCCCACCCCACCUGAAGCAUCUCUUAUAUGCUGUAUUUAUUCUAAAUGAAUCUAUGAGCCUUCUGAGCUGUGAGACCACCGGUGGAAAUCCUCAGUGUGUUCCUAUGAGGGGCUUGGCUGCUAGCCUGCAGAAUUUUUGAGCUCUGAGGCUUCUGGUCCUCCAAACAUCUACUUUUUGCAAAGUUCUUGGACUGCCCCUAUGGUUUUUAUUAAAAGCAGGUUUUACCUCAGAUGGGACAUGGCAGCUCAGUGUAGAUUUAGUAUUUGCCCUUCCAUCUCAGAGCUGUUUGAGCAAGCGUGUCUUCCACUGCAUCACACCAGUUUCAAGACCUCUGGGAAGGUCUUGAAUUCUUGGGCUGACCUUUUGUCUCUCAAAAGAAGUAAGAUGGGAGUUUUAUUAUGGAGAAAUUUGAGAGGGUGAGAAGUGGAAGCUGGGGGGGAAUUAUGAGGUGGGAGGAAGAGUGAGUAGGAAAGAAGCUUGCAGUAGCUAGCAAGGGCAAACUGAUGAGGUAAGCAUGCAGGCGCAGGAUGUUUGUUGAACGUGGGUGUCCAGAGUGAGGCUUCUGUGUCUGGAGUUGCACCCUCUUUUGCAGGAUGUGGGGUCAGACGGUGUUGUUAUUAUCACCCCCCCUACACCCACCCUCUUCCCGACAACUGCCAAAUGUGCUGAAUACCUGCAUCUCUCUUCUGUUGUGGCCAGUGGACACAGCACAUGGCUGAGUCCACUCCUGUGGGUUGUAGCAGGUCAGGUAGUGAUGGUUGCAGAAGCAUAAUAUUUUAGCUUUUUUUAAAAAAUGUUUUGAACUGCAGCUCACCCUGCUAGAUCUUUGUGGCAUUUAUAGGAUUUGGUUUCUCUAUUCUAAUUCAGCAACUGAUGCCUUUGUCAUGUCUUCAUCUCAGAGUACAAAUACACCAAAAAAAGCUUCCUAUUUACUAAGUUCCUGGCUUCAGCUGACAUCGGAAGCAAUACUAAUCCUGCGGCAGGAAAGAGCUUGUCCUAAUAAACUAGAUUUCCAUCUUCUGCUUUUCUUUCCACUCGCCAGCUGACACUUCUCAACGCUUUGUUUUGGCAUUUUUCUUUAAACAUAUUUUCUUCCUCUUGCAGUGGAGUUUUCAAAGACCUGUGGUGGUCUUUCAAAGAGGAUCCACCCACAGCUUCAUAUCUUAAUCAUUUUUUGGAUCAGGCUAGCUUGUGUUCUGCUGGUGACUAAUCAUCUCGCUGCACAAAGUGUGGAACAAAGUACCUGGCUGCAAUGCUGCUUUGUGUCAAUGAGGAGUUAACUAUAAUCGAGUUAAGACGCAACAAGCUGCAUGUGCGUGGGUUUGGGGGAGGGGGGAUGUGAAGAGGAGUUUGUGGUAGGAAACUAAGCAGUUACUUCGUUGGCGUGGACUUUUUUUUUGACAUUCAUGAAUUCUUGUUUAUCUUAAAGAUCUUUUCGAGAAGAUUUUUCUCCUGAUCUUUUUAAAAAAACAUGGCUCUGUUCCACGUUGUCUGGUGACAUAUUGUUGUAAAUUUCCUUGGUAGAGCCGGUCUUCAGGGAGUUUAAAAUUAGCUUUAUUCCACCUCUGCAGGUGUAGAGAUGUAUGGGGGUUUUAGUAGUGAUGGCAAGAGAGGUUGUCUGGGUUUGUCUCUUCUCCCCACUACUGUCCAUCUGCCAGUUCAACCCAAAACAUGAAAAUUGAAUUGGGACCUCUUGUACUAACAUAUCGUGAAAAUCAGAUGCUGUGCUCGAAGCUUUGUUAAGCAUUCCGUUUGAUUAGAAGAGCCAGAAUAGCAUCCAGCUGAAGCUGAGUUUAAUAAUUCUAUUUGAAGCACAAGCUGAGAAUAGAAAUGGGCUAACUCUCCCAUACCUCGUUUGGCUCCAUGGCUGUAAACAAGAAAAACAAACCUCAGCCAGUGGAAAUUACUGAACUAUACACAAGAAGCAACCUUCUCAGAGAACAACGGUUCUAAUAGUCAUUCUUAGAACUGUUUCCAUGUGAGAAUUUACCAGCAGCAUUUGGGAAACAGAGGUUUUUAUUUCAUAGAUCUCAAAGUGAACUCGCUGUAUAUAUGGCAGAACUGAGGGGCUUCAUGAGACUGGAAAGCCUUUAUUGUUAACACUGUGUUUAAAAAAAAUACAUGGAAAGUGAGGUAUAUAUUCCUCUGUUCCUGAAUGGUUAUAAACUAGAUGUUAUUGCUCUGAUAUAUAAGUGAUGCCUUGGAACAGCAAGUUUUAAUGCGUAAAUAGUGGCAUUAAGUAGCCUCAUAGCUCCUGCAUGCUCCAUAUUGUCUUGCAUUUGCUUGGGGGCCCUUCUGCUUGUGAAGUCAGACCAAGGUGAUUUUUUUUCUUUCUUUUUUUUUUUUUUUCCAAGCAAGGCCAGGAUAUUUUUGUGAGAACACCCAAAAGCAGUUCCAUUUGCCAAAAUAAGCCCAAAUUUGUUAGUGAAUUGACUCUUGUUUAUGUCAGAGCCUCAGCCAUAGAGAAGCUUAUUGAGAAAUGAAUGGCUUUUUUUUGUUAUUAGUGUUGUGAAACUGUCUGGAAUUGUUCCUCUGGUGUUUUGUGACUGAAUGUAUAAAAUUGUUUGUUCACCUCACAGGAGGCCCUUGGCCCCAGUAUUGUUUCCUGCUGUACGCCAGCUAGUGCUGCUUGAUGGUUUCACUGGAAUAGAGAAGGGAGGCCUCACACGGGUCAAAAAAUAGGCAGGGUAGCUCAUGCAGGACCCUCUGUGGUAGCCGCAACAGAGGCCAGGGUGCGGAAGACAGUGGGGGCUGUCAGCCACAUCUGUGUUUUAAGCAAAGCAAAGUCUACCACCACCUCUCCACCCCUUCCUCUCCUCUCAAGCUUUAAGCUUUUUGUCUUCUGAAGUAGGGAAAGUGCAGAAACCUCCUUUUAUAAAGCUAGUUGGUAUCUACCCAUCUUCUCUUCCUCCCUGGCUUACCUGCAGCCUAGGAAGAAGAGGGCAGUGGGCCUUUCUGGGAAGAUAGUAGGGGCAGCUGCCAGUCAGGGAAGAUAGGAAUAGAGUUGCUUCGGAGUUGCUCUCACUAGGUGAUUGAGGACAGGCCUUUGGGUAAGCUGGUAGUUGAGAGAGAAGGUGUGUUAGAAACAAAGAACUUGUCGUGAAACUGAUCCCUUGCAUCUGCUGUUGGAGUUCUGCAAGGGCCUUGUGGAGAGGAGGUGGUGAUUGCUAUGUUUAUGUAUCUGUCUUCUACCAUUUGGGAAUGCAAGGGAGAUGUGUACGUUAACAGCUUGCAUAGGGUAACUUCUACAUGGGAAUGCAUAGAAUUGGCACAUACAGGUAAAAGGAACGUGUUGCUUUUGCCAUGCCUGUCAUAAAGGUUUUCCUGAAGGGUAUGAUAAACUUGUUUUGAGACAAUAGCUUAUGAUCAAGACGCUACGUUGUCCUCUGUCUGCUGAACUUACUACCCUCGCAGUGGAAGUGUGAACCUUCUGGGUGUUGAACCACCUAGAUUCCACCCAAGCAGGUGGUCAAGAUGGGAAGACCUAAAAACAGUGCCGGGACAAUUAGAAGGAGAGAGAGAAGCAAUCACUUAAAAUGGAGUUCAGACCCUUCAAAUCCUUUUCAUGUAACCAGCACUUGCUGUAUUGAUGAUCACUUUUUCUCUUCCACCUCUUUCACUCUUAAUUGCUUAAAGUACACUGGCUGAACAGGGAGCAGGUAGGAGGUGAUCCCUAGUUAACUGGGAGUUGCAGAGAGGUGCGGAGCUCGGUUGGAGCACAUAAGGGCUGACAGAGAGGGGAUGGAUUGCUACAAAGUCAGGUUGGGGUAGAAGCCUUGCUGCUGAGGUUGCCUCUGUCUGCUGUGGGCUGCCCUGCAAAGAUGGUAGGGGUUCUUCUCUGAGAGUGCCAGUCAGAUGUUGAAAGGGAGAGCUGCUAAGACUGCUCAGAACCUCUAUCACAGCUUAUCUCUUUACUGGGGUAGUAGAGUUUUGGCUGGGAGGGGGAUUUUGGAGGAGGAGGUGGAAAAACCUUUUUUUUGUUAUUAUUGGGUUUUCAACCAGAAAAUGUAGUGUCAGCACAAAGAAGCUUUUUGCAAAUCUGUCAAAAUGUUAAGUAGCUUUUUUUUGCUUUUAAAUCUGAAGUAUGUUUUGAAGCACUUUGGAAAUGCAAAGCACUAGGAGUGCUAAGUACUCCUUAUCGUCUGUCUAAAAGUGGCAUUUGAAAAGCAAAAGAUGUAUCUGUUUCAGGCCGCUGGCUGCUCCUUAUCAUUUUUCCAGAGCUGCCACCCAGCCCUUUGCCUCCCUACCAUGGCUGGAGGGGAGCGUGCUCUGCCAUGCCAAGGAACGGAGGGCACCCUGAGGGAGUGGGGGAGACCUGCUAAGUCCCUCACUCACCUUUGGGGUGCAGGUUGGCUUCCUCCCUCCCCGCCUCCUUUGACUGAGGAAAGGGAAAAUUGAGUUUCAGUUGGUGUGGUCCUAGUCUGGAACUAUGACCAUAUCUCGCAGCUCCAGAGACAUCUUCAUAGAGUUUCCUGUCUGAAAAAUUGCACCUUAUUAGCUUAAUUGAGGAACGGGGAGAUGUCUGUCCUUUUGCAGGGAGUGGGGAGAGGAGGGGAGGGUGAACCAGGAGCUGUAUUCAGUAGCUGCUGGAUUUUUCCAGAGGCCAUUUCCUCACCUCGUCUCCAACAGAAUGGCAACAAAAGAAAUAAGAUAAUUUAGAUGAAGCUUUUGUUCUGUGUAUCUCAAGAACCUUUUGAGCAGGCUAAGGGGAGAGUCCUUACCUAGCCAGCUCUACAGCGUGGGGGGACGACACCCUAGUUCUCUCACUGAGUUUUCAGCACCAACCUUUUCCUUCAGUGUAUGCACAUCGUUCAGACUCUUUAGCACACUGAUUUGGUGUGCUCCCUUUCUGUUGCGGGGUGAAGAUGGGGCAUGACAGGGUCAGUUAGAGGGGAGGGUCCCCGAUAUUUUUCUUCCUGUCUCUUCAGUUGUUGCUGUUGUUCCGUCAGCACGCUUGAGUAUUGGAGUCUUUGCACACAGAAAGCUUCCUUUUUGCACAGAAUGAGCUUCUAGCUUUUGUACAGACUAAUUGAAUGUAUUUGGGGAGGGGGGGAAAUAGGGAGUAAACCAAUUCCAAACAAACCAAUCAGAGUAUAAUGCCUUUUCUGAGCAAGUAUGUGCUGUAAAAGGAGAUUGUAAUAGCAAAGGGAGGGCAAGCUCAAGUAUAAUUUGACACAAAGUGUGGUUUUAUUUUUGUACUGAUAUGGAUAAGAGACUGUACAGCAUCUAUUUAUUUAGAUGAUUUAUGUGGUAAAUGUUGCAAACAAAAUUAUUAAAAUAUUAAAUAUGAGAACUGACAUUUA